AUGAGCAAAGUUGCAGGUGAAAUGAACAAAUAUCUCGGUAAAAAGCAAACACGCCACAACAUUAAAGUGGGUUCACUACGUCCAUAUCUCUGCGUGACGGUGGUCCCACCCGUUGUGCAAACGCAUCUCAACGAUUUUACUUUAGUUCUAGUCGUCAGAGUUUCUCAAAAAGUUGCAGCACUAAUUCAGUCUACAGAUACGUCAGCAAGCCAUGAUACCGCUAGUUGUUUAGUUAUUCGAUCUAUAAGGAGUGAGAAUACCAACCACAAUGUUGAUCCCCAACAGUACAUUCGAAAAGGGAGUAGCAUAUAUCAUCGAGUUCAAAUCUAUACAACCGAUCAACUGAAACUGAACCGAAUUGAACCAGGUCAAACAGGAACAUUAGAAAAGCACUUAGCAUUACCACAUAGUUAG